AUGGAGCGGAGGUGGGUCUUCGUGCUGCUCGACGUGCUGUGCGUGCUGGUCGCCUCUCUGCCUUUCAUCAUCCUGUCGCUCGUGAAUGCCCCGUACAAGCGAGGGUUCUACUGUGCUGAUGACUCCAUCCGGUACCCAUACCGUCCGGACACGAUCACUCACGGGCUCAUGGCCGCGGUCACCAUCACCACCACCGUCAUCCUUGUCUCGGCUGGGGAGGCCUACUUGGUGUACACAGACCGCCUCUAUUCCCGCUCCGACUUCAACAACUACGUGGCUGCUGUCUACAAGGUGCUGGGGACAUUCUUGUUUGGGGCUGCAGUGAGCCAGUCCCUGACAGAUCUGGCCAAGUACAUGAUCGGUCGGCUGCGGCCCAACUUCCUGGCAGUGUGUGACCCCGACUGGAGCCGUGUCAACUGCUCCGUCUAUGUACAGGUGGAGAAGCUGUGCAGGGGAAGCCCUGCCAACGUCACGGAGUCCAGAUUGUCUUUCUACUCUGGACACUCCUCCUUUGGGAUGUACUGCAUGAUGUUCUUGGCGCUCUAUGUGCAGGCGCGGCUCUGCUGGAAGUGGGCCCGGCUGCUGCGGCCCACGGUGCAGUUCUUCCUGGUGGCCUUCGCCCUCUAUGUGGGCUACACCCGCGUAUCUGACCACAAGCACCACUGGAGUGAUGUCCUCGUGGGCCUCCUGCAGGGAGCACUGGUGGCCGGCCUCACCGUUCGCUAUAUCUCUGACUUCUUCAAAACCCGGCCCCCGCAGCGCUGCCUGGAAGAGGAGGAGCUGGAACGGAAGCCCAACCUGUCCCUGACGCUGACCCUGGGUGAGGCUGACCGCAACCACUAUGGGUACCCAGUCUCCAACUCCUGAGGCUGGAAGCCGCCCAGGCAGGGCCCAUCUGUGCCCGCAGCUGGGACUCAGGCUGCGUGUGGGUCUGCAGGUCGCAGUGCUGGCAGGGCCCUCACCUGGGGUGGCGAUGAGGGCUCUGGACAGGCUCCAGGUGCCGCCGGCUGGUUCACAGAGGGGUUUCUAUUAAACCAACCUCCUGUGCACUGGACAAGGGGUCUGGGAUUGGCCAGGGUAGCCCUAAUGUUUGGAUGGGAGACCCUCCGUUAUGCAUAGAGCUCCCUCAGUACCCUUUCGUUUGUUGCUUUAGGGAAGGGACCAAGAGAUCGGGAUAUACGCAGUUUUGUAAAAUGUAAUGUAUUUGUGGAUUUUUAGUAAAAUAGGGCAUUUGCUCGACAAAUGUUAUCAGCACCUCUGUUCUUCCGGCCAUUCUGGGGGCAGCAAAGGGAGAGACCCUCCCUUGUUGGAAGCUCAACUGAGCUCAGCUGUUGGAGUAGUUGGUGAAGUCAACAAGACUAAUGAAAGUAAUAGCCAAGUCUUUAAUCAGCCAUUUCUUCAAAGGGCUCUGGUUCCUUUUAGUACAGAAUGGUAUUGAAAACCUAACAUCGUGUGGGAGGUAAAUGUGCUCAGCUGACCA